AAUCAGGAUUUUCCAAUUCCGGCUGUUGGGAUCCUAUAAAACAGCAAAUUCAGUGUUUGGGACUCCACCGCAACCAAAACACUGCUCCUCACACAUCUUGCUACUUGACUACACUUUUGCUUUGCCUUACCUUGGCCUACUCUUAUUGACAUUUCUCCGUACAGUUGAAAGACUUGCUCUCACUUUCUCUUUCUUGGGUGUUUGAAGGUAGAUUGCUUUCAUUUCGGUGUGGGGGUUUGUUUGCCAGAUUUUUAAUCAGGAAAUCUUCAACAACAGUGACUUGUGUAGAAACUUCCUGGUACUUGGUGGCCAAAAGAAAUUACUGGACCUCCUGUACAAGGCCACAGUUAUUCACUGCCCUUUUUUUGCCAAGUUCAGUCACUGCUUUUAUAUCUGUUGCUUUCUGAGCCUUUAAGAGUCUGUGAGAUCUUUUCUUUUUCAGCCUCUGGCAAGUUUUCCUUUGUCGAAGGGCCUCUUUCGCUGGCUCUCUCUGCUUUCUUCCCUUAUUUCAAUCUAUCCAAAAACAUAAUCUUUCAAGGUGUUUCAAGAUUUUAAUAGUGCUUUUGAAACCUUUGAUACCUUUUGGCAGAUUUCUGAAUCAGCCUUGUCUUUGUUAUCUUUCCGAGGUUUAAGCUUCCCUCUCACGGUUCCUUGCCUUUUUCCCACUUUAUUCUCUACCUGGGUCGACCUUGUUCUCUUCCUUCUUUCUACCGAUGCCAACGGACAGAAUCUGAGACCACCAGAAACCACACACCCAACAGAAAAAAUAGCAGCAAAGCCCAAAAUGGACCACAGUAUCCUAUGUCCGAUCAAAUACACCGAACACAAAAACGUCACUAAAAUAUUCAGAAAACCGUCCUUGAAACCCAAAAAAACAUCUUCCGAUCAUGACCGUACUCACAACAACACCACCCCCGAUGUUCCCAGAAUUGUACGGGUAUCCGUUACGGACCCUGACGCAACGGACUCUUCCAGCGACGAAGAAGCUGACUUGUUUGGACGCCAGAGAGUGAAACGCUACGUCAACGAGAUCAACAUCGAAGCCACCUGCAAAAACACCGCCACCACCACCGUUUCCAACACCAACCGCAAAAGGACAGCCGCUGCCGCUAACGUCACUACUGCCUGUCGUAGACCACUCAAGCUUUCUUCAUCCAACGGAAAUGGUAGGAAGUUUAGAGGUGUUCGACAAAGACCUUGGGGAAAAUGGGCUGCGGAGAUUCGAGAUCCUGCUCGACGUGUACGGCUGUGGUUGGGUACUUACGAUACAGCUGAAGAAGCAGCCAUGGUUUAUGAUAAUGCAGCAAUCAAGCUUCGAGGGCCUGACGCUUUGACUAACUUCGUUACUCCUCCUGCUAAGGAAAAUAUGGAAAAGCCUGAAAACAUUAUUGUGGCUUCGGUUUCUGGGUACGAAUCCGGGGACGAGUCAUCUCACAAUCUUUCUUCUCCAACUUCAGUUCUUAACUUUCGAACUCAAUCAAGUGAAGAAACGGCAGUCGAACCGGAAAACCCGGUUCAAGAACUCCAAGAAGAAGAGAGUAAGCCGCCACCGGUUCAGGAGCAAGUGGUUCUUAGCGAAUGUCAAGGUGAAACUGGAACAACCUUGCCCGAUGACUCGGGAGAUUAUUUGCCACUCGAUUUCCCUUUCCUUGACGAGUUUUUCAACAUCCCAGUCCCGGGAUUGUCGCUUUUUGAUGAUACUGCAACGAUCUUGCCUGAAAGUAGCGUGUUCAGUGAGGACUUUAGUAACAUGUUACUCGACACCCCUCAAGAUUUUGGCUGCUCCUCGUCAUCGUCUAUUUCUCAAGUGGACGAUUAUUUUGAAGACAUCGGCGAUUUGUUCUUCUCAGACCCUCUCGUGGCACUAUGAGCGAGAAAGUUUAGUUCCCUUUUCUGGAGAGAAUGUCGUCGCCGUUUGCUUGCCGAUAACUCGGCAGAUUUUGGAUCGGUGGCGACCAAAAAAGAAUUGGGGCUCUACUUACAAUUGUUUUUUCUUUUAUGUAAUAUUAUUUAUUUGUUUAAAUAUUUCCGUUAAAAUAAACGGAGAGUUGAGUGGAGUUUUGCUGCGAUUUUAUUUUUCCUUGAUAUUUGUUUGUUAGAAAUAAUUAGGCUGUCGUUAACGAACGUACUUAUAAUCUUGACGGAGGAAUGGAAAAUACAUAAGCUUUUUUAAUC